AGUUGAGAAGCUCCUUAUUACUUAAAAAAAAAAAAAAAAGUUAAGAAGAUCCUCCCUAUAUAAUAUAGAUCCAAUUCUUUCUUAAUUCUCAGCCUCACAAAUCACAACCCUCAAGAGUUUCUCUCCACCAAAUCUUAAUUCUGAACCAACAUGGCAAAGGGUUCCCUUCUUUUCCUUCUUCUUUGUGUCCUGUAUUUUGCAGGCAUAACAAAGUUUACAACUGCAACUCCCAUCAAUUUCAUCAAGUCCUCUUGCAGCACCACUCAAUACCCAGCUCUUUGUGUUGAAUCUCUCUCUGUCUAUGCCGCAACCAUCCAACAAGACCCUCACCAAUUGGUCCAAACAGCCUUAUCACUAAGCCUCAACAAAACUGAGUCAACCAAGACAUUUGUCACAAAGUGCAACAAAUUUAGGGGUCUCAAGGCCAGAGAAUAUGCUGCUUUACAUGAUUGUGCUGAAGAAAUAAGUGAUAGUGUGGAUAGGCUUCAACGUUCACUCAAAGAACUUAAACUAUGCAAGGUCAAGGGUGAAGACUUCACAUGGCACAUAAGCAAUGUUGAGACAUGGGUUAGUGCUGUCUUAACUGAUGAAACAACUUGCAGUGAUGGGUUUGCAGGAAAAGCACUGAAUGGGAAAAUCAAAGCUUCGAUUAGGUCUAGAAUGGUGAAUGCUGCUCAGGUUACUAGUAAUGCUCUUUCACUCAUUAACCAGUAUGCUGCAAAUCACUAGCAAACUCAUGAAUAAGAGUCCAUAGUUUUUUGCUUUUGAGGUUCUUGUUAAUUCCUUUUCUGUUUUAUGUUAUAUAUUGUAGUUGAAUCUAUACAGAAUGUGGAUCUUUGUUAUGCUGUUGAAGUGUUCAAUAGAUUUUCCUUUUUAAUUUGCUUUUCUUGUUUUGCAUCUAAAAUUCUUGAUCUAGGAAUAUAAUAUUCCUAUAAUAUGUUUUUAUGUAUUAUGAACUGUGGAUAU